UUUCACACGGAAAAUACAGGAGAAGGAGAGAAAAGCACGAAUCAGAACACAGGGGAAACUCAGAGAAAGUUUGGAGACUGCAGGGAGUGAAGUAAUCAAGCUUGGAAGAGUUGGUGGGCGAGUGGAUUCCGCAACUAUCUUGCAAAGAAAGAAACCCAACAGUUAGAGGAACAAAAAAAAACCUUUUUAAAUUCAUUCUCUCUCUUCCCCCCCCCCCCCUUUUCGUUUGGGUAAAGAGUUGCAACUGUCACCUUAGGUCGAGGGUGGGCUCUCAGCUGUUCCCCAGAACAGGAGAGAAUCCCCCACCCCCUCAGUUCGUGCUAGCACGGUUAAUCGAACUAGUUCCUGUAUCUUAACAACGACACCCAAAAAAAGCCCGAAUAAAGAGGAAGACACUGCGGACGUGAGUAAGUGAGAGAGAGAGAGAGAGAGAGAAACAAAACCUCCACUGCAGAAAAUGCAACGAUCAAUUUGAGCUGAAUAUUUUGAGCGUGACUUGGUGAUGGGAAGAUAGUCCAGAGUUUGCUACUUUAACAAACAGAAAGCUUGUCCUCAUGUUGACAGUAAGCAUGGAUGAACAGGAAGCUCUGAAUUCAAUUAUGAAAGAUCUGGUUGCUUUGGGCAAGUGCAGAAAGUUGCUAAAUUAUGACAUCAGCAAAAACAAUCAGAAUGAGGUAAGGAUCAAGUUUGAGCAUGAAGGAGAAAAAAAGGAUCAUGCAGUUUUCUAGACCAGUGAAAUUGAAAGAUAUGCUACAAAAAGUCAGCGAUGCCUUUGGACAGCAAAUGGAGCUACACUUCAUUAAUAAUGAGCUUCGCACUCCACUACGAUGCCAAAAUGAAUUGGACAAAGCAGUUGAGCACUUGGAUCUCAACUCUAAUAUGAAGAGUCUGAGGAUUUUGGUUAUGCCUCGAAAGAACAGCCAUGUGAACUGUAAAACCACAGAGAAGCUGCCUGAAAUUAGAAUGGCAAAAUCUAUGGCAGACUUGUUCGAAUCAUUGUAUAAUGGGAGUGAGCGUCAUCGGAAGCUCUCAACAGGUUCCCUACACACGGGACGUAGCUCACCUCCACCCGGCAGUGUUCCCGAUGGACAGCAGCAGUUUGUACGGCAAGGAUCUUAUGCCAGUAUCCACAGCGAGGGAGAAUUCAUCCCAGAGUCGUUGGAACAAAAUGUCUUGGAUCCGUUCAGCAGUGCUGAGGCAUCGCUAUCUGGAAGUUGUCAGUCGCUGGAUAGAUCAAUAGACAGCCCAUCCUUCAGCCAGCCUGGAGUUGCAAAGAGUUAUACCGAUGAAUGCUUCAACUUCAAAGAACCUGCCAACCGCUAUUGUGAAAGAGCAGGAAAAGGUGGGACAUACCCACGGCAGUAUCACGUCUCAAAUCACCGCAAGGACUAUAGUGAUGGGAGAAGAACAUUUCCCCGGAGCUUCAUUCAUCAGGAAAAUCUUUUCCAACUGGUUCCUUCCAGUAGAUCUCACAGUGCAAAUGGGGACAGCAUGGGGGGUACCCUGCAGUAUGAUGAGAGCCGAACAAUUCGAUGGGGCAAUGAAGAUAAAAAUUGCCUGAAAGUUCAUGACAGGCACUUGACUUCAGUGUUAGCCCCUCGAGCUCCUAUUAACUGGAGACUGGGGAAGUUCCUUGGCCGUGGAGCAUUUGGAGAAGUUUACCUGUGCUAUGAUGCAGACACAGGCAGGGAACUGGCAGUCAAGCAGGUGGCUUUUGAUGCAGAUAGCCAAGAGACAAGCAAGGAAGUCAGUGCUUUGGAAUGUGAAAUACAGUUACUAAAGAACCUCCAUCACGACAGGAUAGUGCAGUAUUAUGGAUCGCUACGGGAUACAAUGGAAAGAAAACUGUCCAUCUUUGUAGAAUAUAUGCCAGGAGGCUCUGUCAAGGACCAAUUGAAGGCUUAUGGAGCACUCACUGAGAAUGUAACGCGAAAGUACACCAGACAGAUCCUAGAAGGGGUUUCCUAUCUCCACAGCAAUAUGAUUGUACACCGAGAUAUAAAAGGUGCCAACAUUUUGAGGGACUCUGCAGGGAAUGUCAAACUGGGUGAUUUUGGAGCCAGUAAACGUUUGCAAACUAUCUGUAUGUCGGGGAUUAAAUCGGUAACUGGAACACCCUACUGGAUGAGCCCCGAGGUUAUUAGUGGGGAAGGAUAUGGAAGGAAAGCAGAUGUCUGGAGUGUAGGGUGCACCAUUGUGGAAAUGUUAACUGAGAAGCCUCCUUGGGCAGAAUUCGAAGCCAUGGCUGCCAUCUUCAAAAUUGCCACCCAGCCAACCAAGCCUCACCUACCAGAUAAUGUCUCAAACUCAUGCCGUGCAUUCCUGAAGCAAAUAUUCGUAGAAGAGAAACGGAGACCAUCUGCAGAAGAACUUCUGAGACAUACAUUUGUUCAGUAUAACCUCUAGUCAAGUGAUCUUUGGAGCUAUGAAGAGUUGGUAUCCCACUGAGUAGGACUUUGAAAUUACUCCCAACUCUUAUAAAGAUGCUUCCAAAAAAAAGGCAUUUUAGUUUUGUACAUAUUUUUGUAAAAAAAAGAUACAAAAUACAAAUCAAUGCAAUUGCACACUCUGCUUUUUUUUUAACUUACUGUGACAUAAUUAUAUCUAUCAGCAUUGUAGAGAAGUGAGUCAGUCACAAGGUAGAAAAGCUGGAAAAAUCCACUUAAGGCAAAAUUUUUUUGCGUCUUAGUUUUGUUCAGAGUUUUUGGAAAGAGUUUUUUAAAAAUUUCUUACUAAAUUCGACACAUCAACUCGCUACCCUGCACUGUGGCACCCCGAUAGCUUGAAUCUCACCCCCAUUUUAAAAUGAACAACUCCUGGAACAAGUCGUCACUGCCAGAAUAUCCCAGAAUUGAUCGGCAUCCCUGAUGCCAGCAUUAUCUUUAAAAAGCGCUUGUGCCCUCGGCCAAACUCGGACAAGAACUGUUGGUCCACAGCUGCCCAACACAGUUGUUGACAUUUGCGUGGACAUGGCAAACAAGGGACAUGUGAUGUCCUGCUUUGCGGUGGAAAUUCUGCUGUGUUGGGUGGUUCAUUAUCAGGACAUCCUUUUCCCCUGGAUCAGCAGAGGAAGCCAUGAUACCAGACCACGCCAGCCUGCUUUGACAUUGCCACUUGGGUCAGUGCAGUCUCAAAGUCUGGAGGAAUACACAGCAAUGUCUCCAUUCUCCACUCUGCCAGUGUUAGAACCACCGUGCGCAUUCACUGUAUCUCCGCUACUGUACCCACCUCCCACCAAGGCUCAAGUUUUACCAUUGUCAGUAUUGCCCACAACCCCUUCCCUCACUUGCUGUUACCUACUCCGGACUCCAACAACACAAUGCCUAUCUGCUUUCUGCUCUACCCACUUACUCACUCGGACAUCUCCCCAGCUGCACAAAACUAAAACAGCUUUUUCAUCAACCUUCCACUCACUUAAUACCUGUUUCACCCUCAUUCCAGAUUGGGAACAGCUCAUAAUAUGAAAGAAAUGUGUAUGUGUUUUUCUCUCAGAAGGCUUGAGUCAUUGGAAUUCCCUUUCUCAAAAGGCAGCGACUGCAGCUUCUUCUUCAGCUCCACAUUCUUGACUCUGAUCUUCAGCAUCUGCAGUCCUCACUUUCUCCUAGGUGUUAUAGACUGACAUACGGCCUACUCAUGUUCCUUCAUCGUAAAGUGUCAAGUGUCAUUCAACUCCCCACCCUCUAUGAGGAGAGAAUCCUGAAUCUGACCACUCGACUGGCUGAUUGACCAUGUCCAAGCCCCUGAACUGGUAAGGGAGGAUGUCCUUGUCCCUCCAGGACCCUGUGUGCCAAGACCCUCUGAUCAAAGGCCAUUGACCUGGCUGAGGAUUGCUGACAACCAUGAUAGGUUUCCUGUCUGCACUACAAGUACUGUGAACCUGGUAUCUCUGGCUGAGUGAUGAAGCAAUGUGAAGCAGGGAUGAUAUGAGCAUCCAGGUACACUGAGUGAAUGAGCGCUAUGAAAGUUAGCAAACAAGCUGGAGAUGUCGCGUGGCCCAGUACGGCAAGCUGAGUGCGUGAUUUCUGAGCACACAAUAAUAUUCUGACAGCAACAUUACAAUGAUAUUUGCCGAUAUGACUCAAAGUGCAGUGUUGUGCAGAAGUGAAUCAACAAUGUGCCAUGGGUUCUUAGAGGCUGACACAUGUUGAAUACCACAUCUGUGAAUGUGGGAUUCAUAUGGCCAGUGCUUAUGGAGUUUGGUGACAAAGCCAGAAUAAGCUGAGGUCACCAGUUACAGGCUCUAACAUCUGUAUCAACAUUUGCAUCAUUUGGCUUGUUUGCUAAGACAGGAAGCUGAAUAUUAAUGAGGCGAAUUGUGGCAUUAAUAGAUGUUUAAUAAGCAAUAAUCUUCAAUGUGUAACUCGGCAUUGCCAGGUGAGAAAAUCUCCCCCUACCCCACUGCUCGGCGGAUGCAGAAAACAGACAGCAAUAAGGUCCUCACGUCAAGAGGCCUUGCCAGAUAUUUCAAGCAAUUCCAUCACAAACCCCACCAUUGCCCAUGUCAUUUAUGUCCUUCUAAGAUCUUACGAUAUGUCUUCAGAUUUUGUUCUUAGCUUUUUGUGUUUUGUACAGUUUUUCCAAAACCAGACUCUCUCAUCUUCCUGGUGUCUAAAGCACAACUAUACAUUGCACUCAACAGUCGAAUGACGUCACAGUGUGACUGAUAGGAUUGUAUCUCUUGAUCCGAAAGGAAACAUUAUCAAAAUCCCCCGAGGUUGUAUCCAUUCUGCACUUCCACCUUUGGGUUAACAAGGGAAAGAUGGGCCAUAUAUUCGGUUAAAGGAAUGUAAACAAAACGUUGGCCCUUACAACUAAAUUACUCUGUUGCUGAGCCUUUCUUUAACCGUUUUACCCCUAUUCACUUACUAUUAGGCUGUAUAUAAUCAUGACAUUUCAAUAUAACUUUGUUUAUUUGAGAGCCAUGUUGAAUUUUGUAAAAAAAAGUAAUCCUUUCACUGGAUGGAAAUAAACG